GCUGUUCUUGUUGUAACUCCGAUGGAUGUAAUUAAGAUCCGUUUACAAGCUCAACGUCAUUCGAUGGCCGAUCCAUUGGAUAUUCCAAAAUAUCGUAAUGCUGCACAUGCUGCGUACACUAUCGUAAGAGAAGAAGGCGUUCGAGCGUUGUAUAAAGGAGUGUUACUAACUGCACUUAGGCAAGCCACAAAUCAGGCAGUUAAUUUUACCGUAUAUCAAGAAAUGAAACAACACAUGAAAAAGUUUCAAGGAACUAAGGAUGGUCAAGAACUGCCAACCUAUCAGCACUUGUUGAUGGGCGGUAUUAGUGGCGCUAUGGACGCGAAUCCAGAGAUCGGUUAG